AUGCCGCCGCGGCGCUGGCCGGCGGCGCCGCCUCCCGCCUGCGCCUUCUCCGCCGCGGCGCCGUCCGCCAAAACCACCGUGCAGCUCGCCCACCUCGCGCACCUCCCGUCCUCCCUCCCGCCGCCGUCCCACUGCACCGUCACCCCGCCCGUGCAGCCCUGGCCGCGCCGCCUCACUCCCCGGAGCUUCUCCCGCCUCCUCCUCCGCCUCCCGACCCCUCAGCUCGCCGUGCUCGCCUUCCGCCACGCGCUCUUCCGCGCCACGCCGCCCCUGCCCCCAUCCGUCCCCGUCUUCGCCGCGGUGCUCUCUCGCCUCGCCGGCGCCCCCCCGGACCUGCUGCCGCCGGUCCUCUCCGCCCUCCGCGCCGCCCGCCUCCCGGCCUUCUCCGACCGCGCCUUCCUGCCCCUCCUCCGCGCGCUCCCGCCGCUCCCCUCCCUCCGCCUCUUCCUCUCCCUCCCGUCCUUCAACUCCCACCUCUCCGUGCGCUCCUUCAACGCGCUCCUCCACUCCCUCGUCGCCGCGCGCCGCCUCCGCCUCGCCGCCGCCCUCUUCCGCGCCGCGCCCACCAAGCUCUACAUCACGCCCGACCUCGUCUCCUGCAACAUUCUGCUCAAGGGGCUCGUCGGCGUCCGCGACCUCGAUGCCGCCCUCAAGGUUCUCGAUGAAAUGCCCGGGUGGGGGAUCGUCCCUGAUGUCGUCACCUACACGACGGUUCUCUCCGCAUACUGUGCCAAGGAGGAUCUCAAGGGCGCACAGAAGCUAUUCGAUGAUAUUAUUGCCGGUGGGCGUGUGCCAGAUGUUACGAUGUACACGGUGCUCAUCGAUGGGUACUGCCGGACCGGGAAGAUACAGGAUGCAGCUAGGAUUAUGGACGAGAUGGAGGCAGCUGGGGUGCAGCCGAAUGAGGUUACGUAUUCAGUCGUGAUUGAGGCAUGCUGUAAGGAGGGGAAAUCUGCCGAGGCGUGCAAUCUAAUGGGCGAGAUGCUUGGGGCAGGUUACACACCAGACACACCACUGGCUGCUAAGGUGGUCGAUGUGCUGUGCCAGGACGGAAAGGCAGACGAAGCACACGGAAUGUGGAGAUGGAUGGUGAAGAAGAACGUCCCACCAGAUAACACAAUCACGAACACACUGAUCUAUUGGUUAUGCAAGAGCGGAAUGGUUCGGGAGGCAAGGAAGCUGUUUGAUGAGCUCGAGAAGGGGUACAAGCCAAGCUUACUGACUUAUAACUCGCUUAUUUCCGGAUUAUGUGAAAAUGGGAAGUUACAAGAAGCUGGGCAGGUGUGCGAUGACAUGGUUGAACGGAGAUAUGAGCCAAAUUCCAUGACUUACGAGGCCUUCAUCAAGGGAUUUUGCAAAAUUGGGAAGCCAGAUGAAGGGGCCGCAGUAUUUACUGAGAUGGUGACCAAAGGGUGCACCCCAAGCAAGGUUCUUUACCAAGUUUUGGUUGAUAGCCUUUCUGAGCCAAUACACGACGAUAUUAUUGGCAAAAUUGUUCAAACUGCUGCCUUAAGUGGUGGGGAUUUCUUGGAUGGGGAUUCUUGGGAGCUCUUUAUCAGGAGAGUGUUAGAUACUAAGAGUGAUGCUUGGAACAAGCAUCUCAACUCAGUGCUAGAUACAUAA